AUGUUGGCCAGCGCAGGUACCGGAUUCGGGUUCUUCGGCGGUCGCGAACAGAAAUACAGGGACGCCGCAGACCUGUAUGUCCAAGCCGCCAACGCCUUUCGCAUGCAAAAUUUGAAUCGCGAAGCUGGGAAAGCUUUUGAGGCUGCCGUUCCCAUCCAAAGACAAAAGUUAGACGAGCCGGAUGAAGCGGCAAACUCGUUGCUCAGUGCUUUCAAGGUGUAUCGGGAGAAGAAUCCGGAGGAUGCUGCCAGAUGCCUUGAAGACGCCAUCCAAUACUACACCUCCCAUGGCAAUUUCCGGCGGGCCGCAAAGCAGAAAGAAGAUCUAGGUGAACUCUACGAGGAACUCCAGAUGUCAGAACGCGCACUUCACAGCUACGAAAAGGCAGCUGCUUGGUACGAAACUGAUGGCGCUCAAGCGCUGGCAAACAAAAACUGGCUCAAGGUGGCUGAACUCUCCGCUGUCACAGAGAAGCACGACUACUACAAAUCCAUCGAGAUCUUUGAACGGGUUGCCCAAAAAUCCAUUUCAAGCAACCUCAUGCGCUACUCCGUGAAGGAGUAUUUUCUGAAGGCCGGCCUCUGCCACCUAGCCACUGGCGACAUCAUCGCUACCCAACGUGGGCUCGAAAAGUACCGUGAUAUUGACCCGAGCUUCGCUACGACCCGGGAACACCAACUUCUUGUCGAUUUAUCAGAGGCUGUCGAAGGCGGCGAUGCGGACAGGUUCUCCGAGAAACUGUUUCAAUACGAUCAGAUGAGCAAAUUGGAUAAAUGGAAAACAGCAGUACUUUUGCAGAUAAAAUCGAAGAUUGAGGAGGCGGAUAACGAGUUUUCAUAG